AAGAUCGACAUUCUUCAUAUCGAUCAAUCAAUAGGAAUACCAAAUAUCCCUGCAUGGAUCAGUUUCGUCUUCUUUGCCUGCUUUCACUUUUCUAUGUGGCAUCAGUAGUGGUGGGAAAUGGAUAUGCUAAUAAGGUCGAUGAUGGCGAGUCCUGGAUUUCUUACUGGAAUUCAGCCUUGCCAAAAUCUCCAUUGCCUUCCAAAGCUGUACAGCAGCUUCUAAACCUUGCAGAAGGUGAAAAAAGUUACACUGGGAUUGGAAAGGAUACUGUAAGCCUUACACCACUUAGUGUCAAUACCUACAGUCGUACAACCUAUGCUGCCUCUGCAGCUGAAGUUAAAGUCGAGCAAGGUGAAAGAAGUCCCACUGGGAUUGGAAAGGAUGCUGUAAGUCUCACACGAAAUGGUAUCAAUACCUACUCUCGUACAGGCUAUGCUGCUUCUGGAGAGGAAGUCAAAGUCGAACCAGGUUUAACUACAUUCUUCCAAGGGAACGAUCUUCAGCAAUUGGGGAAAAAAGUGACAUCGAGAUUCUUAAAAACCACAAGUAAUAAGGCAAUUCUUCUGCCUCGUCAACUUGUAAAGUCCAUACCUUUUUCAAGUAGAAAGUUUCCAGAAAUUCUAACAUAUUAUCGAGUGAAACCCAAAUCAGCGAUUGCAGAAACAAUGAAAAGAACAAUCACGGUGUGUGAGGCGCCACCCGUUAAAGGUGAAGAAAAGUACUGCGCAACAUCGCUUGAAUCCUUGAUCGAUUUCACGGUUUCGAAGAUCGGAAAGCAUGUCCAAGUUUAUGCAACAGAGGCCGAAACCGAAAACGAAAGCAAACAAGAAUAUACCAUUGAGACUACCGGAGUCAAAAGUAUUGGAGACAGGUCUAUUGUGUGCCAUAAGCAGAACUAUGUUUAUGGUGUGUUUUACUGCCACCAGUUCUAUGCCACAACAACAAAGGCUUACAUGGUUCCGUUGGUGGGUGCUGAUGGAGUUACAAAAGCCAAAGCAGUAGCUGUUUGCCAUACUGAUACCACUGGCUGGAACCCUAAGCAUUUGGCCUUUCGAGUCCUCAAAAUCAAGCCGGGAAAUACAAUCCCGGUCUGUCAUUUUCUUGCCACUACCAGUCUUUUGUGGGUUCCUAUGUAAUGAUGCAAAUGCAAGGGAACAUAACAUAAGACAAGGUUAAACUUUAUUUCGCCUUAAAAAUAAGACAAGGUCCUAAUAAGUCAAUUUUCAACAUGUAUUUUGUUGAAGUAUGGUCUCUCAAGUUUUUGUUUAAGUAUUUUGUAUUUUUCUAUGUUUUUAUGUUUACUUGAAGGAUUUUCGCUAGA